AUGCCACUAUGGCCGUUUGGACGAAAGAAGCGACGUCUGAGCGCGUCGACGGCCACAACGACAGCAACGUCGACAGCUCCAGCUCCAACCGCCGCAACGAGCAACAACAACAAAGCCGACAGCUCCAGCUCCACGUCCAACGCGAACCCAACUGCAACUGCAACUGCAAGUGCCAAUGCAAAUGCAGCCCGUGUUUCAGAUUCUCCGGACCAGGCCACCGCCCGCCGCUUCCAUGACAGCUCCACCCAAAAUGCCCCGAACUGCCUUGAGCGUCAGGGAAGCGUGCAGGACGAGUUAACGGCCCUGCCUCAAUUGUCCGAACUCGAGCAGAGCCCCCAUCUGAGGCCCGCAAAUCUUAUCAAGCCCGUCCACCCCUACACUCUCGACCGUCCCUCAUCUGCCCGCUCACGCAACCCGCCUGUCACCCUGCCGCCGUCGCAUGACAAGGCCGCCCCCACUCGCCGUCAGUCGACCAAGAGGAAGAAGGACCAGGCUCUCCGCGAAGAGGAAAUCCGUCAAAUGAGCGCACCAAUGCAGAUCCCAAAGAGGCCUGCCGCCUCGUCUGGCAAUGACCUGCUCCGUCGCGACAGCAAAAAGGCUCGCAGGACCCUGACCAAACGCCCUGACGACUCCCGCGCCUCCAACGUCUCGCUACCCCUGCCAGAGUCAAUCCAUUCCAAUAGGUCGCACAUGUCAGAGCAACGCGCCUGGGAGAUUGGUGGCAUGUCUAUCCUCAGUCCUCGUCCUACCGUGCGUGUAUCGGGCACCUUCGCCCAUCCUCCCUCGCCUCUUUCAAAGCGUCCGCAACACAUGGACAAGCUGCCCGAGCUUGCUCGCGCAUCGAGUGGAAGAAAAGACCGAAGAAAGGUUGCCGAUCUUGCCGACGACCUCAACUCUACCGAGCUCCGUAUCCUGAUGGAACGUGACCAACGAAGAAAGGAACAAAAGGCCUUGGAGCAGCAUGAGCGUCUUGAUCGCAAACUACGAAGACGGGCAGAAAAGCAGCGCGAGGAAGACGAACGUAAGACCCGUGAUGCUCGCCAGAACGCAACGCUCCCCACCGCCAUUCAUCCUGCCUUCCGCGAACAGCAACCUGAAGCCGAGCUUAUCACUCCGACCUCUCUCAAGAAACAGGGCAAGCAGCCAAUUCCAGAGAUGCAGGAAAGCCCUACAAAAGGUGGCACCUACCUACGUUAUCCACCACGCGAAGACAUACCCCAAAAUCCUUUCGCAGAUCCCGAGUCUGAGAACCCCUUUACUGCUCCUGGCGCCGAAUACUCGCCCGUCCAAACGCCGCUCGAUGAACCAGUCUUACAUACUGCCAGAGCCGUCAGACUAUCCGCCGGUCACCUGUCACCGCCAGCUUCCCCUGUGCCCAAUGUUCAGCGUGAGAUCCAGCCAUCUCCUAGCUUGCCCGAGGUCUAUGCACCAUCGCAAAGAACUUCAAGCCAUCCCGCUAGUUCCUUCGAGUCCAGCCGACGCAGACCUUCCGAGAGUGGCAGUCGUCGAGUGGGCCCUAGUGCCUGGACGAAUAUAUUCCGCCGUGGAAUCGGCUCAAGCCGUGCCUCAGAAGACAAGGCCCCGUCAGAGUUUUCUUUUGUCAACACUUCUCGAGAGUCCAUGUCGAAGCAACCCAUUCCUGCCCACCUCGUAGGACCACCCUCGUCUCGACAAUCUGGCGUCCCCUCUCGCACCCAAAGCAAGUUCCGCGAGGAUCUCCCUGAGCUACCUAUUUCUCCGCCAUCGUCCCGUGUUCAGUCGCCUGAACUGAGUGUGAUAACGGCUGGCGUAGUGGCUGCACGACGUGCCAAACGUAGUGCUGAUAAGCAGGCAAAGAACACAGAUUCGUCUGAUCCUGUUAGGAAUGACUCGCCUGCGAUACUCGAAGACGAGGAAACAACAGUACUGUCCCAGUCAUAUGGAUCUGUAGACUCGGAAGGCAGUUGGAUUAGUGGACGUCUGAUCAAACGUACGUCUCAUACUUCUUACCCUCACAGCAGCUUGAGCUCCCUCAAGAAAGGGAAGACCGAGUUUACUGGAAGCUUCGACCGCCUACCCGUCCCAGAGCAUGAAUACUUUGCUGCUUUGACACCAGACAAUGGCAGUCGUCGUGCAUCAGGCGAGUUUGCUAUCGAAACAACCCCAACAGCAGAGCCAUCCCCUGAAGUAGCUGCUCCACUUAGGCAAGCCACAGCACGUCGUAGACCGACAGUGGUACACAACGACCCGCGCUUCAAGUCUCGCGAAGGACUCCUCACAGAAUACAAUGCUGCCGAACCAGUGACGCCAUCUCGCGAGGGCAGUUUGAGUGGUGAAUCAGCACACUCCCCGGUGGAGUUGCACAAAGCGCAGAGCGUCAAUUAUGGUCGAUUCACUGGCCAUGUCAAAUCUCUCAGCGCAGGUAGCGCCAAGAUGCUGGAUAUCGCACCGCAUAGAAGUAAGAGCGUCGGGACUGGCCUUGCAAACCCGAGCCCUCGUUCUUCACCCCGCAUCCCUCAGGAAUAA